AUGGUCGUGUGCACCACGAAGAAUGAGAAAGCGGCCCGUCGGGGGCGUCGAGAGGAACAGUUUCGCUCGUUGUCGGGCGACCAUCAUUUGGUUCGUUCUCGACGCGCCCUCGUCGUCACCACCAACCACCUCAAUCGGUACCGCAGCCAAACGGGUCACGACUCACUCGGCAACUUUGCUUCAACCGCCUCCAGUCCCAUGAGUCGUCUUGGCGACGCCUCUUUCGAGGGGUCUUCCGUGGGCGCGCGUCCACGCACCACCAGAGCCGACCGUCGACGAGUACGUCGACUCAUUCGACCCAUACCCUCUGCCCACCGGGUCGGGCUGUGCUCACGCCUCCCUGAACAACUCCAUGUCGACAUUUCUUCAGCCUCCUCGACCCAAUCCUACCUCCAUUCCUGCUCCUCCUCCUCUGCUUCUUCUGCUCCCUUCGACGCCCAACUCGAUCUCACUUUUCUCCCAUUCGUCUCCUUUCCUGCUCACCCAACGAGACGGAAUUUCUUCUCCAUUUGCUGCCUGUCUCCUUCUGUAAAAAUGGACUUUGCACCCGUUCAAGCCGACCUGAGUCUUGUCAACUCCGUGCGCAGGGCGCUCGUCUCGCAGGCCCUGACAGACAGACCGCCUGUGGGAGAGGCUUCUGGUCUCCGAGGCAAACUAGUAAAUGACAGACGAACAGACCCACUCUCUUCAUACCUUCUACCUUUUUCUCCCACCUUCGGCACAACCAAUUCACCCUUGCCAACAACGGCUGCUGAGACUGUAAGUGUGCAUUUGGUUGCCGUCAUUCAAAUGUGCAUAAAAGGUGGCAGCACAACCCAACUUUAG